AUGGCGAAUCCGGAUCCAUUACCUGAUGCUUUGCUUGCUGCUGCUGUGCUUCCACCACCUAAUUUUUCAAUUGAUGCUUUCGACAAGAUAAAGUUGAAAUGGAUGCGGUGGGUGGAACGACUGGAAACUGCUUUUUCCAUCUUCGGGAUUGCUGACGCUGUGAUGCGGAAAAAUCUACUAUUGCAUCAUAUGGGUCCCGAAACGUACGAUGUCAUUUGCGACAAAAUUGCACCAGAGGUUCCCCGAGACAAAACGUACGAGCAAAUUGUCGUUACCCUGGAAGGAUUUUUCAACCCCCAGCCUUUGGAAAUAAGUGAAAAUUUCCGGUUCAUGUGUCGCCGGCAAGGUGACAAGAAUGCUGCUUCCCCCGAUGAAUCUGUGGACGAAUAUUUAGUGUCCCUCCGCCGAAUUGCUGUUACGUGCAACUUUGGUGAUUAUCUUGACACGGCGCUGCGAAACCAGCUGGUAUUCGGGAUAAAACGAAACGAUAUCCGAAGUCGGCUAUUGGAAAGAAGGAUCCUUACCCUUCAGGAAGCCCGUGACAUUGCUGUUAGUAUGGAGCUGUCGCGGAAAGGCGGAGCUGAGAUCGAGGGAAACUUGGCGAAGCAAGAAGUCUUCGCGCUGCGCCGGAUGAAAGGUAAAAGUGCUAAAAAAUUGAAAUUAGUGAAAAAGGGAAAUCCUCCACGAAUGUGCAUCCAAACGCGGGCAAGGUUAGCUGUUUUCGCUGUGGGGAUAAAUCUCACCUUGCAAAUGCAUGGGCAUCUCGCAAAAGUGUGUAUGAAAAAGAACGCGAAAGCGAACGAUACUUCUGGUCGUGCCGGGAAUACAGCAAACGUAGCUCAGACGAAUUACGUCGAUCAAUCCGGUAAUAGUGCGAAGCCUACUAAUGCGGAAGUGCGCGAAGUGUGUACCGUCGAGUCGAUGCCAGGAAAUACGAAAUUCUGGCUCGAAGUGCGUGUAAACGGAUCGAAUAUUCGGUUUGAGGUCGACACUGGAUCGCCAGUCAGUAUUAUCAGUGCUAGGCUCCGGAAAAGCCUGUUUUCGAAGGCGCGGUUGCGUGUGUGCGAUACGAAUCUUAUUAGUUACUGCAACAACAGCAUCGAUGUGCUGGGUAUCAUCGACGCGCGGGUGGAAUCCGACGACAAGAUUAUUACGUUACCGUUGUAUGUGGUGAAUUCCGAUAAACAUCCAUUGCUGGGAAGAGAGUGGCUAAAAGUUUUGUCGGUUGACUGGAAUAAGGUACUCCGGGGACCGAGUGCUGUUAAUACAAUUGCUGCUGCCGCUGCUUCUAUUUCUACUGCUGCUGCGCUCGAAGAAGUGUUGGCGAAGUACCCGAGGGUGUUCGAUAAUUCAAUCGGUAAAAUUUCCAGUGUCCAAGCCAACUUACCGUUGAAGAGUAAUGUGCGUCCUGUGUUCGUGAAAGCAAGGAAGAUGCCCUUCAAUAUGCAAAAAAUCGUGGAGAACGAAUUGGAUAAACUCGUUUCGGAGGGAGUACUUACAAAAGUUAACCAAAGCAAUUGGGCGACACCAAUCGUUCCUGUGAAGAAGUCCCAAAAUCGUGUGCGGAUUUGCGGGGACUAUAAACAAACUGUGAAUCCAAAUCUCGUGGUGGACAAGCAUCCACUACCUACUGUGGACGAAUUGUUUGCUUCGUUGGCUGGUGGAAUCAAAUUUACUAAAAUUGAUCUCGUUCAAGCAUACUUGCAAAUGGAAGUCGCUCCUGAGGAUCGAGAAAUUUUAACAUUGAGUACUCACAGAGGUUUGUACCGUCCAAAUCGUCUGAUGUACGGCGUCGCUUCGGCGCCAGCAAUCUGGCAACGUCAGAUGGAAAUAAUACUGCAGGGAAUUGACGGAGUCAGCGUGUUUCUGGACGACAUAAAAAUCUCUGGUGCUGAUGAUGAAACUCAUUUGCGUCGGCUGGAAGAGGUUCUUCGGCGACUAAAUUUACAUGGUAUUCGUGUGAACAAGGAGAAAUGCGACUUCUUUGUUGACACGAUUGAAUAUUGCGGGUACCUGAUUGAUAAGGAUGGUAUCCAUAAACUGCGUAAGAAGAUUGAAGCGAUCCAGAAAAUGCCCCGACCGAAAAAUAAGGACGAAGUUCGGUCGUUCGUGGGAUUAAUCAAUUACUACGGUCGGUUUUUCGAGAAUCUGAGCACUGUGCUGUAUCCUCUGAACAACCUAUUGAAACAUGAAGUGCCCUUCAAGUGGACUAAUCAAUGCGAAGUGUCCUUCCGGAAGGUGAAGGAACAAAUGCAGUCCGACAGUUUCCUUGUCCACUAUUCGCCCGAACUACCGCUGCUGCUUGCCACGGAUGCAUCACCUUACGGAGUUGGUGCUGUGUUAAGCCAUGUAUACCCCGACGGUACUGAGCGUCCGAUACAGUUCGCGUCUCAAACCUUGAGCCGAGUACAACAAAACUACAUGCAGGUGGAUAAAGAAGCGUACGCUAUUAUUUUCGGCGUAAAGAAGCUUUUCCAAUUCUUGUACGGUCGGAAGUUUACCCUGAUUACGGAUAACCAGGCGAUUUCGAAAAUCUUCGGAGAGCACAGGGGAUUGCCUGUCAUGUCCGCAUUGCAAAUGCAACACUAUGCAACCUAUUUGCAGUCGUUCGACUACGAGAUACGCUUCAGGAAGUCUACUGAUCAUGCGAAUGCUGAUGCCAUGUCACGCUUUCCGCUUUUACGUGCUGAUCCAGAUAACGAAAUUGAAGAAUCUGAUGUCAUAGAGUUGAAUCAAAUUGAUACCUUGCCGCUUACAGCUGCUGAGCUAGCGCAGGCUACCGCGGAGGAUCAAGCAGUGCGCAAUUUGAUUCAAGGUAUUAAGUACGGGAAACCUGUGGAAGGUGGAGACCGAUUCGGAGUGGACCAGAUCGAGUUUUCACUUCAGAAGGGAUGUCUACUCAGAGGAAUACGUGUAUAUGUGCCUGCCAUUUUGCGAAAACGAGUGUUGGAGGAGCUACAUUCCACGCACUUUGGAACAACCCGUACGAAAUCAUUAGCCAGAGGUUACUGCUGGUGGGUAGGCAUGGAUCGAGAAAUCGAAGAAAUGGUUUCAAACUGUGCUGAAUGUCAAUCGGUGAGACCAGAACCUGCGAAGAUGAGACUGCACUGCUGGGAAACUCCUACGGAACCUUUCCAGAGAGUUCACGUGGAUUUUGCGGGUCCUUUUAUGGACACAUACUUCUUCAUACUGGUUGAUGCGUACAGCAAGUGGCCGGAAAUCAAAGUUUGCAGGUCGAUUACAGCUGAGAACACGGUGAACAUGUGUCGUGAAAUCUUCAGUACGUUCGGUAUUCCGUCAGUAUUAGUAAGCGACCAUGGCGUUCAAUUCACUUCGGAAACAUUUCAGCAGUUCUUACGAAUGAACGGGGUAAUGCACAAAAUGGGAGCACCGUAUCAUCCUGCUACUAAUGGACAGGCUGAGCGCUACGUCCAAACGUUUAAACAGAAAUUGAAGGCCUUGAAGUGCACAAAGUCUCAACUCAAUUUGGAGCUGUCAAACAUUUUGCUAACCUACCGGAAAAUGCUACAUCCUUCUACAGGACAAUCACCUUCGAUGUUAAUGUUCGGUCGGCAGAUUCGAUCGAGGCUAGAUCUACUUUUGCCGAAGAAUGAAGCUGGAAGGAGUAACAACUACGUCGUGCGACAGUUCCAGGAUGGGGAUCGAGUGCGUGUACGAGAUUUUUUGUCAAACAGCAAAUGGAAAUUUGGUAGAAUUGCUGAAAAGACUGGAAAAUUACGGUAUGUUGUACGGUUGGAUGAUGGCAGAGUUUGGGAACGUCAUAUCGACCACAUUGCUGGCGUUGGUGCCAAUCUGCGCGAUGUCUCGCUUGAAGGCUCGGCGGACAAUUCUCCAGAGAAGUUGGACGUUGACCACUACAUUCGUACCUGCAGUUGGAGAGUCGUUGGCGAAAACUGCUGGUAA